AUGGUCAUGUGUUCUGUGGCGUCGUUCUUCCUUGUCGAGGAUGCUCAAGUCUCCUCGAUUCAUCUGUCAUCCUCUAAAGCACCGGACCGUGGUAGAAGGCCGUUCGAUCUUCGUCUGCUGUCUUUUUCCCAUCGAUCGCUAACAAAUGAGUCGCACGAAUACGUCAAUUUCGCCAAAACCGAACAGGAAACCGACAUACAACUGUGUGACCCUAACGCGAGAACGACAGACGUACCGCAGUUGGUCGGUGGCCCGACAAAGUCAUCUCUUGUCUUGUCCUCAUUAGCCGAGGACAGCGCUCGCUGA